UGAUCCUCAGCUACUUAACCUCCACAAAUUCUAGUCAAAGGCUUCACAUGCUGAACGCCAUCGCAUUUGUUUUGAAAUUCUCGGACAGUGAAACAAAACGUGCCCUGAUGCACAUAAACAAAUCCACAGUUACAUGACGAAGUUUCAAGAUGAUCAUCCCUAUUCGCUGUUUCACAUGUGGUAAGGUCAUUGGAAAUAAAUGGGAAACCUAUCUGGGCCUCUUACAAGCUGAAUAUACGGAAGGAGAUGCACUCGAUGCCUUGGGACUGAAGCGAUACUGCUGUCGAAGGAUGCUUCUUGGUCAUGUUGACCUCAUCGAAAAAUUAUUGAACUAUGCACCUUUGGAAAAGUAACCCUUUGUUCAAAUGUAUAUGAUCUCCUUAAAAACUAACCUAUUUUUCAUUUUUGUAAAGCAUGUAAAUAAUUGGUUAAUUCCACCGUGAUAAUGUAAAUAAACUUUUCUGAAUAUUUA